AGAUAUCCCAUUCAAGUCCACCACUGUACUGUAACGAAAGAAAGGAGAGAGAGCCCCUGAUUGGUUUCAACUCGUUUCACCAGCCAGUCGUAUAUAUAAUUCUUGACCAAGUCACGGCGACGAUGGCGGCGGAUUCACCUUUCAGGCCGGAGAUAGUCAAGGGGAAGGUGGCUUUGUUGACCGGCGGCGCCUCCGGCAUCGGCUACGGAAUAUCCCUCGAACUCGGCAAACACGGCGCCUCCAUCGCCCUCAUGGGCCGCCGCAAACACAUCGUCGAUUCCGCCGUCUCGUCUCUCCGAUCGCUCGGAAUCCCCGCGAUCGGAUUCGCCGGAGACGUUCGGAAUGGAGAGGACGCGGCCAGAGCAGUGGAAGGGACGGUGAAGCAUUUCGGGAGGCUUGAUAUUCUGGUCAACGCCGCCGCUGGGAAUUUCCUCACGCCGGCCGAGCAUCUCUCUCCUAAUGGCUUCAAAACAGUGAUGGACAUUGACGCAGUAGGAACAUUCACAAUGUGUCACGAAGCAGUGAAGUAUCUGAAGAGAGGAGGAGAGGGCAGAGACCCGUCGGAUGCCGGCGGCGCCAUAAUCAACAUUAGCGCAACUCUACAUUACACCGCCAGUUGGUACCAAAUCCAUGUCUCUGCUGCCAAGGCAGCGGUGGACAGCUUAACGCGCAGCCUGGCGUUGGAGUGGGGAACAGACUACGACAUCAGAGUGAAUGGGAUUGCGCCAGGACCAAUCCAGGACACUGCUGGUGUUACCAAGCUUGUGCUGCCCAACAUAACCAAACAGAACCACCCACUGUUCCGGUUUGGGGAUAAAUGGGAUAUCGCCAUGUCCGUCCUCUACCUUGCCUCUGAUGCAGGGAAAUUUGUGAAUGGUACGACAAUGGUGGUAGACGGAGGGCAGUGGCUGAGCAAACCCCGGAGUUUGGGGAAGGACCAAGUGAAGCAGCUGUCAAAAGUUGUCGAGAAGAGGUCCAGAGAAGCACCAGUCGGCGUCCCAAAGAGCAAGCUGUGAGAAACAUCAUCAUCUCCUCCUUUCUUCUGUCUGCGUGGCGUUUCCCCAAGCCUGGGAUUAGAGACAAAGCAUGGCACAUUAUCACCAGUCACCUCCGGCAUGCAUAUUUCCUGAUUACUAGUAAGGAAAAGCCCGCGCUAUGCCGCGGGCAAAACAGGUUGUGGAGAUAUUAGUUUGCUUCAAAAGACAAACAAAAUGAACCUUUUGAUCGCUACCCAAGUGAACCACAUGUACCUCGUGUCAGGAGGCUUGUAACAUAACGUUUAAUUGGUAUCCAUUCCCAAGUUGAACACGUAUUAUACACUUUACAAAUAUCAAUUAUAUCCAUAUAACUCUAAAAGUAUAAUUACUUCUCAUUCUAACAUUUGAAUGGACACAUGAACAUAGUGCAUUGGAAAUAAAUUCUAGAUAUAUUA